CAUGUGACAAGGCUCCUCACCUCCUUGGGAUCUUGUGCUUGGGCGCGUGCUUACAAGCUGCAUCAAUGGCGUCACCACCGCCGGCUCGGCCGCACGCGCUCGUCAUCCCGUUCCCGGCGCAGGGCCACGUCAUUCCGCUGAUGGAGGUCGCGCACGCGCUGGCCGACCGUGGCGUCGCCGUCACCUUCGUCAACACGGAGUUCAACCACGGCCGCGUCGUCGCCGCCAUGCCCUCGCCGCCGCGGCGGAACGGGGUGACGGAGAACGGCGGCAGCGGAAAGCUGGGGAUGGGGCGGAAUCGGAUCAGGCUCGUGGCGGUGCCGGAUGGCAUGGGGCCCGACGAGGACCGGAACAACCUGGUGAGGCUGACCGUGCUCAUGCAGGAGCACAUGGCGCCGCCCGUCGAGGAGCUCAUCCGGCGGAGCGGCGACGAGGAGGCGGCGGUGGACGGCGGCGACGGCUGGGGGAGGAUCACGUGCGUGGUGGCGGACUACAAUGUCGGGACGUGGGCGCUGGACGUGGCGCGGCGCACCGGCGUGAUGUCCGCCGCCGUCUGGCCGGCGUCGGCCGCCGUCGUGGCGUCUCUACUCAGCAUUCCGGAACUCGUCCGGGACAAAGUCAUCGAUGCUCAAGAUGGAUCAGCACUAACGCAGGAGGCCUUCCAGCUGUCGCCGGACAUGCCGAUGAUGCAACCGGCGCACCUGGCGUGGAACUGUAUCGGCAACGACGAGGGGCAGGAACUGCUGUUCCGUUACCUCCUCGCCGGCGUCCGUGCCGUCGACGAGUGCGACUACAUCCUCUGCAACUCCUUCCGCGGCGCGGAGGCGGCGACGUUCGCGCGGUUCCCCAAGAUCCUCCCCGUCGGCCCGCUCCUCACCGGCGAGCGCCCAGGCAUGCCCGUCGGGAACUUCUGGCGCCCCGAGGACGGCGCGUGCAUGUCGUGGCUCGACGCGCAGCUGGCGCGGUCCGUUGUGUACGUCGCCUUCGGCAGCUUCACCAUGUUCGACCGGCGCCAGUUCCAGGAGCUCGCCCUGGGGCUCGAGCUCACCGGCCGGCCUUUCUUGUGGGUGGUGCGCCCAGACAUCGUCCGUGGCGACGUGCACGAGUACCCCGACGGCUUCCUGGACCGCGUCGUCGCCUCCGGCAAUGGCGGCGGCCGUGGCAAGGUCGUGGCGUGGGCGCCGCAGCAGCGGGUGCUGGCUCACCCGGCGGUGGCGUGCUUCGUGUCGCACUGCGGGUGGAACUCGACCAUGGAGGGCGUCCGGAACGGCGUGCCGUUCGUGGCGUGGCCCUACUUCGCCGACCAGUUCGUCAACCGGGCGUACAUCUGCGACAUCUGGCGGGUCGGGCUCCCAGCCGUCGCCGACGAGAAGUUGGGCGUGGUCACGAAGAAGCACAUCGCCGGCAGAGUGGAGGAGGUGAUGGGAGACUCUGGCAUGAGGAAGAGGAUCGAGGCGAUGAUGGCGGUGGCACACGAGAGCGUUCAGGAGGGUGGUUGCUCCCAUGGCAACUUCGACAUGUUCGUGGAGUCGAUCAUGCCAUGAGUGAUGCAUACCUUGACGUUGAACAGAAAUACUGCUAAGAAAUAAGAAUUUGCGAUCAUGAGAUAUCAUCGUCAUUGCUAAUUUAGAGAGGGAUACAAGACAACAAGAGAGUCAAGACUCAAGAGGGGAGGUUGGAUAAGAAGCAAACAGGAUACUCAAAUUGAAACAUUAGGUAAACUUUCCUGGUUGAAAGUGAAAAUGUUGUAUUGGCCCUAAUCCAACUUGUAACAAUAGUUAAAAGAAGGGACGUGAAUAUAACAAGAUUGGUAACGCUUUAAUCCUAACCAACAACAUAACGUACUUGCCAAAAAUAGAAGCAUCACAUCUUCCCUCAGACGUGUCACCUUGCCCUUUCACUUUAAGUACUAUGUAGUCACAUGCUAAUAGAGUCUAGGACCAUUGCACUAGUAUUUUUAAAAUCUUUGGUGGCUUAUAUCUUUUAAAGCAUAUUUUUUAAU